AUGGGUUCACCGCUAUCGGGUUUCCUUGCUGGGGCAGUCCUUCAAAAGUUAAAGUCAUUGGUUUUUACAAAAUAUAGACCAGUAUUUUGGGUUCGGUAUGUAGACGAUACCUUCGCCAUCCUCAAGAGUGAAAUGGUUUCUGAAGUUCUCACGAUUCUGAACUCUGUGUUUGCCGGUAUUCACUUCACAAUGGAGGCUGAGGUCUACAAUCAACUUGCGUUCUUAGACGUCUUCGUCCACCGUGAGACUGACGGAAACCUAAAGUAG